UGUAGUUUAACUCUAUUGAUCACAAGUAUUACAUUUGCACAAUGUACCAAAAGAGCGGCGGCUACAAUUAUCGACAGUCCAUAAUUAUCGAUGCCUUUUCAGGUUUACCAAUAAGAAACAAUUUUACAAAGGCGAGUUUCAGUUAGAACGGUUAUUAUUGGUUAAUUAAUCAACCGGAAGACCCUCCUCGCCCUUUGCUCUUGUCGUCUGAUGACACAGCUCGUUACCUGAGAUGGAAUUUUUUUUAGCAUGAUCAGCAGUUUGUGGAAAACCCGGAUGUUCUCAUCGCAGGAUCUUAUUAGACAAUCUCAUUAGGAACUCCACAGCCAUCUCAUCCAAACAUCUCCAAGCCUCAAUUGGGAUACCAUCUGGUCCGACUGCCUUCCCAGUAUUCAUUCUUUUCAUGGCUGCCCUCACGUCAUCCUUACUAACCAACUCUGCUUCCUGAUUUGCUGUCUCCAACGAAUCUGACCUUUUCUCUCUUGGAUUCUCCCAUUUAAUAAAUCCUCAAAGUACUCUUUCUACCUUCUUAAUACACUUUUUUUUGUCAGCACAUUUCCAUUUAUAUCUUUCAUCACUCUCACCUGCUGUACAUCCCUCGCUUCCCUGUUUCUCUGCCUAGCUAGUCUGUACAGGUCUUUCUCUCCUUCUUUGGUCUCCAGUCUUUUGUACAACUCCUGGUAUGCAUCUGCUUUUGCCUUUGCUACCGCUUUUUUUGCCUUCUGUCUCAUCUCUUUGUAUAACUGCCUGCUUUCCUGAUUGUCCCAAUUCUUCUUUGCAAGCCUCUUCUUUUUUAUAAUUUCCUGCACUUCUUUUCCACCACCUUGUCUUCCUUCUUCCUUCCCGAUGACCACCCUAGCACCUUCCUUGCUGCCUCUCUUAAUAGUAUAGUAGUAGUAUCCCAGUCUUCUGGCAGACUUCCAUCACCACUCAAUGCUUGUCUCAUUUCUUCCCUAAACUCCUUCUGAUGUUCAACCUCUUUUAGUUUCUUUUUCACUUUCAAGCUCAUCCUGCACAUGACCACUCGAUGUUGUCUAGCUACACUCUCCCCUGCCAUCACUUUACAGUCUCCAAUCUCCUUCAGGUUACCCCUUCUGCAAAGUAUGUAGUCCACCUGUGUAGACCUUCCUCCACUCUUAAACAUCACCCUGUGCUGCUCUUUCUUCUCGAAGUAUGUAUUGACUAUUGCCAAAUUCAUCCUCUUUGAAAAAUCAAGUUUAUUUGUAUAGCGCUUUUAACAAUAAACAUUGUCACAAAGCAGCUUUACAGAAUUUGAACGACUUAAAAUCUGAGCUAAUUUUAUCCCUAAUCUAUCCCCAAUGAGCAAGCCUGUGGCGAUGGCAGCAAGAAAAAACUCCCUCAGACGACAUGAGGAAAAAACCUCGAGAGGAACCAGACUCAAAAGGGAACCUAUCCUCAUUUGGGCAACAACAGACAACAUGACUAUAACAUUAACAGUCCUAACAUAAAGUCAGCUUCGUUGAUGCCAUAAACCCCCCGCCGACGGAAACCCGAGCACAAAACUGCUCACGACAACUGCAGUCCUAAAGUCAGCAAGUCAACUGCAGUCCCCAGCCACAAAAGCACCACUGCAAGAGUCCAGAGCGUCCUCCAGGCGCGACCACCAACUGUCCACAUGGGGCUGCCCUCCACAGGAGCGAUGUGAUGAGACUCCAACCAGACACAGGGCACCAGGAUGGAUCAGGCAGGUCCGAGGAGCAGAAGAGGAGUUUUAACUACUACUAAGUCUUCAUUAAUUGGAUUCCUUAAGUUCUGGAGCUAAGGAUCAUGGAGCUCGCCAGUCAGUCAGUCAGUGAUCUGUUUCUUCCUAAAGGAGAUAUGUCUCUAGCUUUGGAGCAUGUAGCUCCAACAGAAACGGCAUUAGAUCACACAGUACAGGACAUCACGGCACAGAUCAUUGGCUUGGGCGAAGGGAAAGUGGACCUUUACGUCCCAUCCGAAGCAAUAAUUGAACCGAUAUCCCCAGCAGAGGUAGAGCCAGAAGAAAGUGCACUUGCAGUUUCGACAUAUGAGGCUCCUCAAGGUGAAAUGACAAAUCCUGUUCGGUCAAAUCAUUCUUCAGAUCCAGGUAUGCCAAAUGAUAUAAUAGCAGUCAACAGUUCAGUAUCUGACUCAAACCUCAGUGAAGCACCAGAAGAUUCAGCUGUCAAGGCAGAUAUAGCUCCUGCAUGUGAAGCAUCCCCUGGAGACUUGAACUCGAACCCUAUAGCUCCUGGAGAGACUGGAAUCUCUAAAGACGAUACAAGUGUCAGAAAGUUCAUCCCACCAAAGAAAGACAGAAUGGACCCACUAAAAAUGGACAUGUCUAAGCCGACAGUGAUUCCCCUGACCUCAUCUCAGCUUUCGCUGCAAUGUCUGGAGUGCCACAUCAUUUUCAGUGACGACAAGAGCAAGCAACGUCACCUCAAAAUGAACCACCCUACUGAGUAUGAGCAGUGCAUGCUUGGAGAUGCACUGUUUGCAUGCUAUGUGUGUGAUCGGCAUUUUACCUGCUCGACAGAGCUCAUGGCACAUCAGCGAUCUCACACAGAAAAGCAGCCCUUUAAGUGCCCCAUUUGUGGAGAAGCCUUCGGCCGAUCAUCUGAGCUCACAAGCCAUAAGAAGAUACACUAUAACAAGCAAGGUUAUACUUGCUCGGACUGCGGCAAGCACUUCAAAACCCUUACUUUGCUUAAGUACCACCAGCGUGUACACACUGGAGAAAGGCCAUACGUUUGUAUACAUAAAGAGUGUGGCAAAAGGUUUACCAUGCCCAAAGGUCUCCAGAAGCACCUGGAAGCACAUCAGAAUGAGGUGACUGAAGGUGUAGAAAACUUGACAAAUUCCACAAGCAAAACAAAGAAAAAGAGGAGUAAGGGUGCAUCCUCUAGAAAAUAUGCAUGUGCACAAUGUAAUGAAUCUUUCAAGACAGCCAAAUCACAGCUGCACCACUGUAGGACAAAGCAUUCAAAGUGCUUAACCAUUACGCCACCCAACAGUACUGUGACUGCAGGAAGCCCAUGUGUUACAACUCUGACUGAAGUAGUUCAACUACCUCUACCACACGUGGAAGCCAUUGGACAAGCAGCACAACAAAUAAGCCCAGUUGGAGUUGAGCAGAUUAAAAGACUUAUCGAGAAAAUGGGAAAUGUCCAAAAAGUUAAUCAGCUAGUCAUUCUUGGACUUGAUCAGUUACCUGGAAUGCAACAGCCACAGCGCCUCAUACAACCAUUGCAUUUUGACUUCACACAGCCAACAGUCCAACAAGCUGAACUUCAGGAGGUAGGGGACAAGAAAGGAAACGAAGGAACAUCAGCUGGAACUGAGCAAGACAUGUUAUUGGAAUCGUUAGAGGUCGAGGUUGCUGUUGAACAAAAAACUAUGGGCCAGGAUGAGACAAUGACAGGAGCACAGGUACCGGUAAAUGAGGUUCAGCAUGAACCUCUGCCAGAACUCACUGAUCCUGAAAAGGAAAUUUUACCUCCUCAGUUGGAGGCCAGUCAUCAACCAGGCCUUGCAACAGAGGAGCAGCAGAUUCAAGAUGUAAUAGAUGUCAAAACUCCAGAAACAGGGAAUGAUUCCUCUUUGAUAAGUGAUUUUGAAAGUAGAGUAACGAAUGAGAAGGAACAUGGGAUCAAGCCAACAGAUAUCACAGUGUCGGAGAAGGCAAACACUAAUUCAGAGCCAAGUCAAAAGGACUCUGAGGCUACAGAUUCAUUAAUAGAACCUGAUACCCAGUCUGUGCAGGAGAAUGUAGUUAACCCUGAUUUGACCAACACCAGUGCAGAUCCUCUAAAUCAGAAGGCAUCUGAAGCACUAGGUUCAUUAGUAGAACCUGAGGCACAAACUGGGCAGGGGACUCUAGACAAACUUGAUAAGACCAUUGAUGAUGCAGAAUCCCCAUGUGAAAAGGCAAUGGAGGCAACACAGCCAUUAGAAGAACCUCAGCCAGAAACUGACCAGAGAAACCCUAACCUUGAUAAUAGUCAAGAGAUUGAAGCUCAGUUAGAGCAACAACAUUUAAAGGAAAUUCUGUCAUCAGAGGAUCAAAUAUUACAGAUGAAUGACCCUUCUCUUGGCAAUGUACAGCAUGAUCAAGAAAGUCCUCCCUUGGAGCAGGCAGCCUGUAGUGAAUCUGCUAUACAGCGAAGCAGAGUGGAAACUGAAUACCAGGUCCUUUUGGUAGAAACUUCCCCAUACAUUAAGAAGGCAUUGCCAGUAAAGAAGAAAAGUUCUAAAAAGAAAGUGAUCCCUAAGUCUCAGUACUUGAAAACUAAGGAUGAAGUUGCAAAAAGUGUAUUACCCAUAACACCUAGUCAGAAAAUUAGAACUGUAUCAAAGACACCAAAAAAACAAGAGAAGACGAAGAAACAUUUUGGAUCCAAACAAAAUAAGAAACAAUAUUCCAAGCCAAAAAUGUUAAGUAUGUCCAAAAACAGUCUAUACAAAGGUCAGCAAGACACUGAACAAGACAAUGUGCCUGCUUUGUCACAUCAUGAGAUUGAAAAGUUGAAACAGAAACAUAAGAAAGGAAGGAAAGCUGGAAAGUCUGCUGGACUCAUCCAACCCCUUAAUCUCCCCUGUGAAAAAAAAGUAAUGAAGGCAUCAGAACAAGCAUAUCGAGGGAAACCUCAGAAAAGAAAGUCAGAAAGCCAGAGAGAAUUGGUAAAGAAAGGAAAGUCUAUCCAGGAGACCCAGCAAGAUGAAACCCCUGUGCCGAAGAAGAAAAAGGUGGGCAAAAUUCCAGAGGCAACUUCUCAAAAGAAAGCAAAGAAUAACAUCACGGCAAAUAAAGUAAAUAAGAAAAGCCACAAGUUAGCAAAACAAAAGGAGAAAGAUAAAAUUGUAUCAGAGACCCCAGUCUUGGAUCAAAUAAAGCAACAGGCCUUGCUUUUGCUGAAAGGUCAUAAGCAGCCACAGCUGAAGGUGCACAAGUUGGAUGCUAAGACCACAGGGUUAGACCACCAACUAAUAAACAAGUGUCAAACCAAAGAAAUUUAUGGUUGUGAGACUACAGUGGAGUCAGCAAAUGAAGGUAUACAGAAUAAAUCGCUGCAAGCACCUGGCCAAAAGAAAAAGAAAGCAAAAACAAUGGGAAAGAAAUCCAAAGUAGAUUCAAAGCAAUCAUCUCAUUUUCAGAAAUCUCCUGUGAAUAGUGACUUCCCUACUGAUGCAAAACAAAAAGUUGUGAGGAAGCGUAAAGCUCCUGCAAAAAUAGAUCAGGAAAUUGCAUUAAGCCCUCCAUAUUCCCGGCUCAUAAUUGGAUGCCAUGAUUGUGGAAAGAGUUUUUCAGAAGUGUCUGCUUUGCAAGAGCACAUGGCAUCAAUGCACUCUGUAAAUGGAGUCCACCAGUCUAUUGUACACUGUGAUGUUUCUGAAAUGCCCACAGUUAGCCUGAGGCCAAAUGAAAUAAUGCUCACAAAUGCAGUCCACUCAAGCACCUUUGAAAUAAAUGUACCGUCUGACUGGGAUGUGGAGUCGGAGAUGAGAGAGAUUGGUUUGGGGGAUGAACAAAGGAAUGAGCACAGGCUUUCAUUCCCAGCCCUCAAUCCUUCCCCUUCUUUUCCAAUGGCAGCAACUUUCGUUGAAGGAGAGGGUAAACAUGGUGGUACUCUUGAUCAAGAGCCUUCACGUGGACAUAAAAAGGCAUUUGGUAAAAAUUCUGCCUAUCAUGUUGAAACAAACGAAACUAAGGUAGCAGUGCAGGAGACCAGAGCCGGACACUCCCUUCCACCAGUUUCAUAUGAGCCACAGGAAAGCAUGGCUGUUGGAGAGGCAUUGCCUUCAGAUAUGAAUUUAGUCUUGGGUGAGAACCAAAAUGAAGGAGAUUCCCAUAUAUCCACCAAGUUAUACAGCCUCUCCCAAAAUAACUCUGAUCUACAGGAAGGGGAAGCAAGCCAUAGCACAUUCUGUCUCAAUCCUUCAUUUAUUCAGAAUCAGCUGCCUACAAAACCUGUGAAUUCAGCAUCUGAUUAUAAUGUUGGAUCUCGCUUAACAGAGCAGUCGGAGAUUAAGCAAGAGGCAGACGAGAUAUCUGUUCAGACAGUAUUGAGCCAAACAAACACUUCUAUGGCAAGAGGUAAAAGAGGCCGAGGAAGCAAGGGUAGGGGAAAGAGACAACUUGGAAAAAGGCGUUCUGCUGAAAACAAACCUUCAGAAGAGAUGGUGGCCAAUGAAGACUGUCAGGUCGUCUUUGAGCUUUAUUCACUCACAGGUAACAGUGAGGAAAAGAAUGAAGAAAUCCUCAAAAGCAGAAAAGCCAUUAAUGCUACUGCAGCUUCCAUAGACUCAGCCUUGAAAGAAUCUUCAGAAGUUCAGGAAGUACACGUGUUGCCACAACCUGUUACUGCAAGUGCUUUGGAGAUAACGAAAUCAGAAAAUGAUUCCCUAAUUCAGAGAUCUGGAGAACAUGACAAGAACAGUAGUUUCUCCAGUAGCUUAAGGAAGGGGAGAAUCUCUGUACACUGUCAGAGUGGAAUGAGAGGACAGGGCAAACUGCAGUCAGAUAAUGGAUUAACUUCUGCUGGCACCUCUACUAAUGUGAAAACGGAAGCCAGUCUAUCUGUUCUCACAUCCCAUGAUGUCCAGGCUAGUGAUGGAGAUUAUUUGGAAGAAGUCCAGGUGAUUUUGGUAAAAGCAGAGGAUCAGCAAAUGUCGAAUGAUCCCCACAUUAUACAGGAAGCUCAACAUGUGCAAAUUCAUCACAGUGCAAGUCUAGAAAAGCAGAUGGACGGUUCCACAGUUGGAAUUUCCCUUGGUUCCCCUGCAGUAGCUCAGUCUACCGUCAAGCAGUGCAUUUUCUACCCUGUAAAGGAGGAGGAGGAGGGGGAGAUGAUGGUGGAGCCUCAAGCUAAUAAUGAAGGGACUUCAGGUUCAGAAGUGUCAGAAGAGAGAACAGGACCAUGGGUUGCACCUGGAUUAGAGGAGAGUGAGCUCAGUAUAGGAUGCCCACAAAUGGAAAUGCACCAUAAUUUAUACUCCAGCAAUGAAGAGGGCAGUGUUGGUGCUGAGCAACAGAGCAACGAAGACAUUCUAGAAUUCCUUUCCCAAACAUCAGACAUGGAGGACCUUGAUGGUGUCCAUUCUGAGCCAGAAGCUGAAGCUCAUAUUAUGUCUUGUUACAAUGGUAUCAAUGGCAAUGGAGCAGAGCGACAGUGUGAAAUGUCCAGCUCUGAGCAGCAUGCAAAAACCUCCAAAAAUACAGGUUGUCCUGAAGCAGGUAGUAAGGAGCAUUGUGAGCCCAUUGACUACUUCCUUCAGUAUUUUAGUUGGAAUACAUGGAAAGAUAUUGCAGCUUACACAGAGCAAGUGUCAAAAUUGCCAAAGCCCAUUACUGAAAAGGAGGUGGCCCAGUUUGUAGGAAUCCAUAUUGCAAUGGGAACCCUAAAGAAGAACUAUCGAGGAGACGACGGGGACAACCUCGAACUUCAAUGGUCAUUUGGCAAGACUACAUCCAGAGACUUUCCAAGUAUGAAGCUGUACUGGGAUGAUUUCACCCGAGUGCCAUUGAUUGCUGAUGCCAUGUCUGCAGCCAUGUUUUCUGAACUUGCAUCAAAUCUAAGAUUAGCCAGUCUGAGAAUGGAUAUGCCAAACUGGAACGGACAGGAUGCACAUAAGGAUCAGGAUGCGCAUAACUGCACAGAGACUUUGGUAACCAAGAAAGAUCCCCUUUGGAAAGUUCAGGCAAUAGUGAACAGAGUUCAAGAAGGGUGUCAAGCCCUUAAACGAAAUGGAAACUAUGGAGUUGACCAAUAUCUCCUUCCUUUUCAGAGAUACCCAACACACUCACUACAUCACACAGUCAUGGUAAAUGCUGCCGGAUUGGUCAUGGACUUUAGCUUGCGUGUUAGUGACUGUAACAGAGAGGAACUAGUUGAGAAAAUGGUUUCUCGAGAAAAAAGUGAUAAUCAAGGGAUGGUAUUUCUUUGCAAACCAGAGCUAUCAACACCUUCCAUGUUGGAGCAUCUCCUAGAGGCAGGAGUGCGCAGUGCUGGCAAGGUUGGUGGUGCUAGGGGACAAGUAGGUGAUGAAUUUGUCACUUCUGAUGGGAAACUAAAACUGUUCAGAUGCCAUCAUGGCUUUAUCCUGUCAGCUGUAACAAAGGAAAAGUCCCGCUCGACGUCGCUUGUCAGUGGAUUUGAGAGGGCAAUCAAAGCUGCAAACCUGAACAGAGAUUUGAGAAGCCUUUAUCGGACCCCGUGCACAAGCCCAUCACCCAGUGCCUGGCCACAAUCUGUACUUUGGGACCUUAUUGAUCUUGCAUUAGUUAAUUCAUGGCUACAGUACAAGCAAGCUCAAAACCUUUCAGAGCCACUAUCACUUAUGGCAUUCCGAUUGGAAGUUUCCAAAGCUUUAAUUCGUUCUAGCAACAUUGCUGUGCAAGAUUCCUCACCCCCUUAUCUUCCACCACCAAUACAGCCUGGAUCGAGUGCAUCCACAGGAUGUUCAGAUGUCUUUGAGUCCCCUUUACCUGAUGCAGCCACACGAUAUGAUGGGUUGGGCCACUGGCCAGAACAACUUUCUGAAGGUGAAGAGGCUAGGUGUAGAUUUGGAGGUUGCGAGCAAAUGUCUAGAGUCCGUUGUCUAAAAUGUUGUGUGUUCCUCUGUAUUUCUCGUAAUCACAACUGCUUCCUGAAGUUUCACAGUCAAGGAUCUACAUGAGUUGACUAAACUGCUCUGAUCUCGGGCCAUAUUAAACCAGUGAGUUUUAUUCUUGUAUAUCACCAUGAUUUGUUAAUUACUGUUAACUGGUGUAGGGCAGUUUGUCUGUUGUAAGUGAUGGUUUGCUCUGUUCUGAUUUUGUUUAAAAAAAGAAAGUUGUCAGUUGCUCAUCUUGCUUGUAAUAGUAUUGUAAUACUCAAGUCCAGGACCCAGUUACAGGGUAACAAGUUAUACAUGUCAGCUUUCCAUUUCAAAUUCGGCUAAACUCAUCCCAAGAAGCAAUUUUGCACAGUUUGUUUAUUAAUACUAAGUAUAUAACAAAUUACAUGGUUUACUUAUGAAAUUUUGCCUCUUAUGUAAAUUUUCUCUUUACUUUCAGAGCCCCUGCAUCUGUUAAAGCAGGGGGAACCUGCUUUAACAGAUGUAGCCUAUGGUUUAGGUAUAUGUACAGUCAGGUCCAUAAGUAUUUGGUCAAUGACAAAAUUUUUGUAAAUUUGCCUUCAUACAGCACAACAGUGGCUUUGAAAUGAAGCAAUCAACAUGUGUUAGAAGUGUACAAUUUCAGCUUUAUUUCAAGCAUUUAGCAGAAAACAUCACAUUAACUAUUCAGGAAUUACAGCCAUUUUGUACAUAGUCCCUCCAUUUUCACAGGUUCAAAAGUAAUUGGACAAUUGACAGCAGUUUCGUGGCCAAGUGUAGCCUGUGUCCUUGUUUUUUCAUGACAAAUUAAGGUGAUAAAGGGUCUGGAGGUGAUUACACGUUUUUGUACGUACGGUAUUUGGCAGCUGUUCAUGAGAACUCAUGAUGUUCAUAGGACACAUACGCCAUUAGGCAUCUAAUCCUCAAUGUCAAGAAUCUUGUACAUAUCUUUUGGUAUUAUAAUGUGUGUGUACUAUGUAUAUAUAUGUAUUUGUGACAAUAAAAUGAAUGAAUGAACUCGA